AUGAUACUUCACACCUACAACGCCUCAAAGUUCAUUAGCCAAUUCAAGCAUCUUCAUUGUCGAACAUUUACAUACAGCCAUGUCUAUCUCUUAAAACUAUUACUAUAGGCCUACUCAUUUUUUACUUUCAAUGUGGCGGAUGUCCCCCACCUACCCGUGUGCAUCCCUCACACCCGUUCCUUCGUUGCUAGUGUUUUUUCUGUAUAAACCCAACAACAACACUCGUACGGUCUCAGAUGUGGAUAACCACAACAACAACACGUCAAACGGAUCAGCAUCUGCGCCUUCUUCCACCAAACCAUUGAGCCUGGAUAUUCAUUACUUCUGCUUUGAGUUGUUUCGUUCUUCGGCAAACUCUAGUAGCCAGGUAGACCAUUAAAACUUAAAAGUUGACGAGAAAUAGGACCAACUACAUUAAAAUACAUGGAUUAUGGAAUCGAUACGCACACGUAGUCUCGAAGAAGAGAAUGGGGAAUUAGAACCUUCACCAUCGGUUUCGUCCCUCCGUUCGCGAUUUGAAGCUCUGUUGAGUGAGGGACAGAAUGGUGAGCACCUUCAUACUACUUCUGGGCCUGUUUCUGAAGCAGCAAGCAGUCGAGAUCUGUCCAAGGACCCCCGGUUGCUCCGUUCAAAGUCUUUGGCACCUAAAAGAAUGGAUGGUCGGGUGAAUGGACCUGAUCCAAGUGUAACUAUAUCGCCUGUGCGUAAAAGCAUCCCGGACGCGGAAAAACGACGCAGUUACUUUGAAAUGGGAAGUCCCCACAGUGCGCGUUAUGCGUCUCCGGCUUCUGCGUCAUCAGAGGAUGCAGAUGAUACUACUGUUAGAAGUGGACAUAGUUCAAGCCCCAGUAUUCAUCUCGCGGCCCCUUCUGUUCCAGUUCACCGCAUAAGGCCACCGGCUCCUCCACCACCUCGUCCAAAGCCAAAACCGAAGCCUAACUAUGCAACAAAGCCUACAAUAGCGCCUUCAUUACCGUUAGCACCAAACACGCCGACUGCUCUUACUUCGUUGCCGGUGGCGCCAGCUUCUUCAACACUGUCUUUACCUCCCGAACCAUCAGCCGCUCAUACCGGCAUAACUCCAGCUGUUCCCCCACGAACAUCUACAGAUCCAUCCAUUCGCGAACGCCUCGUAGAGAGUGUCGAGAAUUCCAACACAGUUCACCCCAUCAGUCAUGUGUCUACGUCCGCUCCAGUCCAAUCGUUUAUGAAAUCACAGGGACAGGCGGAACAAGAACAACCUGUUGUCCCUCCUGCACAGCACCAACAAGUUUCCGAAAUCCCUAAUACACCCGUUCGACAAGUCAUAACAACGGAAAAACCCCGUACUUUACCUCGAUUACCGCCGAACCCUCCCGUUCGCUUAAACCGUCCACGUUUGGUUUCGUCUCCCAUUCCAAAUACCUUGCCUUAUCCACAUUCUGAACCAUUGAGUGCGCCUCUUGCUGCCCCGAAAUUGCCUCCGCGAAAUGCCGCACCUGCUGCCGCUCCACCCGUCCCUCCUCAUUCUCCGUCCAUUCCUACACAUCCAGAGCCGCAGAGCCAUUCAGUUUCAAACGUUUCUUUUCCUCGGCCCCCUAUCCGCAAAAAAACAAUUCCCUGCAUCAUCCCCCCCGCAAUACCCAAAGAGAGGCUGAAAGAGAAGGCGAAAGAAAAAGCGAAAGAGAAGGCUGUUGAGACCUCCGCCAGUACGAUUUCGGCUCCGUCUAUAAAUGCAUCUACUUCAUCUGGUGAUAAGUUGUUAAAGGGAGAGUUCCCUGAUGCUUCUUUGAUGAGCCGCAAGGCUCCAAUGUUUUUAAGAGGUUGUCAUUCUAUGUCUGCAGAUUUUGAUGCUCGCGUUUUUGCCGUCAAUGGUACUUGUUUGGUCGUUGCUGGAAUUGGUGCUCUUCGAGUUUUUAAUACACUUACCGGGGAGUGUAAAUGGCAUUUACCUUUAAACACGGCAAAGGUUUCUUCUAUCGUUUUUAAGCCAUCGUAUCAGAAUCCGGAGGAUGACGGACGCUUUGUUUGGGUAGGAACCAAAGAUGGUUCUUUGUGGGAAGUGGAUGUGCAGAACUUUCAAAUUGUGUCCAAACGGUCGUCUGUACAGGCGAACAUCACCUUCUUAUUAGCUGUUGAGGAUAGUAUCUGGAGUCUGGAUGAUGAUGGACACCUUUUUAUUUGGCAAUCAGACGAACUUGUGGGUCUCACUGUUCAAGGUGCUCCUAAAUCGCUUCGCGUUGUUCCACACGCUCGACAUGCGAUGGCCAUUGAUGGAAAGUAUAUAUGGAUUGUUGUCGGAAAAAGCAUUCAUAUUUUUGACGUAUAUGCAAGAAACUCCGAGGACUUCUCUGUUUUACCGGCUCCCAUGUCUCCUCCAGGUUUGAUCGGUGAUAUUACUUGUGGUGCAUGUGUUCCCGCAAUUGAUGAUUGUGUAUAUUAUGGCCAUGUGGAUGGUAAAAUAUCUAUAUUCUCAAAAACUGAACACUGUUUUUUGGAGCUGAUUACAAGCAGCUCGUUUUACCGCAUCAGCUCAUUAGUUGGCGUUGGUAAUACAUUGUGGGCUUCAUAUACCACUGGUAUGAUUUAUGUUUUUGACGUAACGUCGAAACCUUGGCGGCUUCUUAAGAGUUGGCAAGGCCAUAAAACUGGUCAUAGUGGUGCUUCUACUAUACUUGGAUAUGAUCCGCAUAGUCUUUGGAAGGCAAAGCGUCUUCAGGUGUUCAGUAUGUCAUCUCCUGUUCUGAAAGUUUGGGAUGGUCUUAUGAUGACUGAUUGGCUGUCAAACGAAAUGCGAAGAAGGUUUUCGGAUUAUUGCGAAUUUAGUCCAGUUUCUAUUCUUAUUUGCUCAUGGAAUGCGGGUGCCUGUAAGCCUUCGGAGCUUGAUGAAACUGUUGAAGGAGCCAACUUCAGUGAAACAUUAUUAGAGGAGAACAACUUUCCUGAGAUUGUUGUUUUUGGUUUUCAGGAGCUUGUAGACCUUGAGAACAAAAAGCUUACAGCUAAGAGUAUACUUUCAUCCAGCAAUACGGCCAGCUCUCAAAACAAUCUCUCUAAUCAAUAUCGACUUUGGAGAGAAAAGUUAGAAACGGGAAUGCGAAGAGCAGGCGGUAAUAAUGACUAUCGAUUACUGACCUGCGAAAGUCUUGUUGGAUUAUUUACUUGUGUUUUUGUUAAGUCUCAUGAUGAACAACGUAUAAGAUCGUUGCAGGCAACUACUGUGAAGACUGGUCUCGGUGGGUUGCACGGAAAUAAGGGCGCCAUUGUACUCAGCUUUGUGAUGGAUGACACUUCCUUCUGUAUUGUAAAUUGUCAUCUCGCAGCCGGCCAAGCGAACAAGAAUGCGAGAAACAACGAUCUUGCAAGCAUAUUGGACAACGCAACACUGAAUUCGGAACCGAAUGAAACAAACCAAUUUAAAUUUAAAGGAAAUCUUGAUGCUUUACUUGAAAGUGACCAGUUACAUUUGGAAUUUAAGCGCAAUGCAAAUUUCAGACUACGGACGUUUGUGGAGCCCAAAUUAACGUUUCCGCCCACAUACAAGUAUGAUCUGCGUUCUGAUACAUACGAUACUAGUGAGAAAAAAAGAGUUCCAGCUUGGUGCGAUCGUGUAUGUUACCGGGGAAAUGAAUACUGGAUUUCAGCGAGCAAUUACCGACGCUAUGAAAUUAAAACAUCGGAUCAUAGACCCAUUUCUGCUUUGUUACAUGCUCAGGUAAAAUUAGUCAACCCUAAAGAGCAGAGUAUCGUGUGGGAAGAAGUCAAGGAUGAAUGGAUUGUAUAUUCAGACUCUAUCAGAAAAGAUACCAAGACUGCAUAUGUAGCAUCGUUGGCUAACGUUGGUUAUGAUACUGCUAUUGAAAUGCUUAACAAAACAGAUUGGGAUGUGGUUGAAGUUCUUAAGUCUCUUCAGACACCUUAAUUACGUUUUAUAUUUCAGAUGGCGUUGUAUAUGAUGCGAAUUAAUGGUAGUCCAAGCGGUUUAUAAUAAUGAAAAUUUUAGCAAGUCAAGAAAUAUCAUGAAAUACAUUUAUGUCCGUUCUUUUUUUUAUUUUUUUUAUCCUUCCUUUUGUUUAUGAAUAUUAAAUCUCUCCUUGACGUCUAGCUGUUUCUUCUAACCAUCUUGAUAGAAGUAAGCUUCCGAUUCUCCCAGGUCGUACUUUGAGGUGUUUGUCUUGAG